AUGCCCAUAGAACCGAAUGAUGUCCCGCGAUUGCCCGAAGCUGGAGCCACACAAAAACCCUCCGACACGGCCGAUCACCAAAGAUUCGACGAGAUGUUGGUUCAUUUGACGCCGCUCGGAUGCACAGUGCCUUACAAUGCCGUUUACGACUCAAAUGGGAAUAUCUGGGUGGCCGGAAAAGGUGGUCUCUUCAAGAUUUGUGGCCAACGAAACCAUCUACUAUGGUCGCAAAAAAACGAUUUCCCAAAGAGACAAGCCGCCUACUCUCAAGUCAUCAUCCACAAGGAUUCAAUCGUCUACACGAUGGCCGAUGACAACUCGAAACUCACCGAAUUUCGUAUCCUCGAUCUGAAUGGAGAAAAGAAGCACGAGCAAUUCAUUGAUGGACUUGUCCAGAGCCUUGUCAUCUCGCCAAAUGGAACAAUGUACAUUUCCAAACAACUACAAGGAGAGGACUCGAUUGUUUUCAAAACAUCGUUUGACUCACCGUUAGGUUGGGAAGAGCUGUGCUCCGAUGAUGAGAUGGCUUUUCAGGCUUUAUGUAUCUACGAUGAUUCGUUGCUCAUUGCUGCUUGUGCCCAAAUACCCGUCAACAUGUAUAGCAAACAAUGUCUCAAAUGGAUUAACGCGGAUUCGGGAAAAGUGAUCAAGAAAGUCUCUACUGAAGGGAAAAACGACGGAGAGAUUUUUUUCCCACGAAAAAUGCACAGAUCCCAAGACGAUAUCCUGUUAGUCGAUAAAACGGGUCGUUUCAUAAAGUUCGACAAAAAUGGGCAAUUUUUAGAAAACUCCGCUCAAGUUGACGCCUAUUUGGUGAACGGAUUUUGUUUACGAGGAAAUGAAGAGGCAACGAUCGUUUGUAGUGGAGUUGUACAAGAUGAGCAAAAACGGACUCUUUGUGAUGAUUGGUUGGAAGAGAUUCGCGUAGAUGGGAAAUCAAAAUGGCGAAAAAAG